CAGUUUGACAGUAAAUUGCGAAUAUUAUUCUAAUGAGAGAGGUGAUACAGCCAAAUUGUCAUGUGUACGCAUGUGGUCCAUUAAAUUGUAACUAUAACAGCUGAUAAGCAAUUGUUCAAUAGUCAUGUCGUGAUUUAACAGUGAGCCUAUGAUUCUGAAUGAAAUGACAUAACAACAAUAAAAAGUCAAUAUAAAACAAAUGCCAAUCGUUCGGCGUGGAUUCAUUUUUCGGUUGAAUUUCGUUGGCGUUGGUUCAGUUUUUUAAGUAUAGCUGUUAAAUUAGUUCGUGUUUAAGUGGUUUGAAGUAAAUAUGGAGUGGUAUCAUAUAUCGUUGUUGCUGUGCUUUUUCGGAUUUCUCAAAGAGAUUCGACCAUCCGAACCGUUUGUGAGUGACUAUAUGCAGGAACCAUAUAGAAAUGUGACGAGUGAAGAAUUAAAUCGCUACAUAUACCCAAUAGCGACAUACUCAAAUCUUGUAUUAUCAAUUGUGGUUCUAUUUUUUACUGACUGGCUGAGAUACAAGCCAAUGAUCAUUCUGACUGGGUUGGCAGGCACUGUAACAUCGGGGCUUCUAAUAUGGACAAAAUCAUUCCAUGGUGCUCAACUGAUUGAAGUGUUCUAUUCGCUGUAUUCCACGUGUGAAGUGGCCUAUUUCGCAUAUAUCUAUGCCAAAGUAUCGAAAGAAUAUUUUUUAUCUGUUUCGUCACACACACGAGCGGCGCUAUUAAUUGGACGAUUCACAUCGGGUCUAUCGUCACAGCUACUUUUUCAUUUCCAAUUGAUGGAUGUACAUUCAUUGAACUAUUUCACAUUGGCUACACAAAUCGCAGCCACUUCAAUCGCAGUAUUUUUGCCAAGAGUUAAGGAAAGCAUUUAUUUCUAUCGAAAUAAAUCAUUGACAGACGGUAUCAUUCAGGAGAGUAGUAGUAAUUUACAGUGUAAUUUAAAUGAUAAACAAGUCAAAUAUGAUAAAUGUCGGUUGGCCAUUUUUUUGAUGUGGAAACAAUUGAAAUGCGCCUUUUCAAAUCGACAAGUUGUGCUGUGGAGCAUUUGGUAUGCAUGCGGAAUGUGCGCAAGUGUGCAGUUUCUCUCUUAUGUGCAGCUCGUGUGGAUUCAAAUUGACAAUCGGCCAGAGUCGAUGUGGAAUGGUGCUGUUGAAGCUGUUGCAACUCUAUUGAGUGCUGGUAUUGCUCUAUUGGCUAGUCGACUUCACACCAGUUACUUGAAUACAAAGCUCAAAAUAUAUUUAGCACUGUGUGCGAUGUCAUUAUGUGCAAGCGCUUCUAUUUUUGUGACGGCAAACGCACCAAAUCGCUUCUUAUCUUAUGGAGGAUAUAUGAUGUUUUACAUGUUUUAUUCAUUUACAAUCACCAUAUCAAGUGCUGAAAUUGCAAAACAACUACCCGAAGACAGUUACGGGCUGAUAUUUGGCGUGAACACCUUUUUUGCAUACUGUUUGCAAAGCAUCCUGACCGCUGUCGUGGUGAGCGAUUCAUUUUCACUCCAAUUGAAUAUCAUUCAACAGAUGAAUGUCUAUGGUGGAUUCCUGUCACUCGUCGGUAUCCUGUAUUUCUUGUUAAUGGUUAUAUCGGGUAUAAAAUCAAUGAAAAGUACAAAUACGAUAAAAACCGAUUUGAACUCCAAUCCACAUGCCAAUGAUAUCACCAUUUGAGAUUUACUUCGAUAACGAAAAAAAAUCGUUAUUUUAUUUAUUAUGUGCUUGUUUGAGUAUGAGUUUGACUCAGAAUGUACAAAUGUGAAACAAAUAUUGUGGCCAAUGUACAAUGUACAAUAGGUACAUUAAAAAAUACUUAUUAUUGUGAUUAAUUGUUAAAGAAUUAUGAGUGUAUAUAUUACUGUAAAUAAAAUGCAUCUAUUGUGGCAAAUUUCUAGGAAAAA